CUUUGCUGAUCUGCACUUGCCCGGUCGCUGCAGUAUUUGCAGAAUUGUUCAAAAUGGAGGUGAACUCCGCGAACGUUGAGGUGGAGAGUGAGGUUCAGCCCGAGACCACAACGACACCGCUCAGUGACUCUGCACAUGCAACCACGCCCACUCCUCCAGUUCCAGUGGAGACUUCGCAGCCUACUGUUCCCGUGGACGAGGUUACCGUACCAGUACCAGUAAACCUUGAAACUGCGAGUGAUGAGGUCAAAGCAAAGAUACUCAAGCAAGUGGAGUACUACUUUGGAGAUGCGAACCUUCCGAGAGACAAGUUCCUGAUAAGCACCAUCAACGAAAACCCCGAGGGAUGGGUCUCUAUUGAGACUCUAUUGAAGUUUAACAGACUCAGGUCAAUUUCUGACGAUCCCCUGGUCAUCGCUGAUGCGCUGAGACAGAGUGCCGAACUUCUUGAAGUAUCGGACGACGGAAAAUUGGUUCGUCGUCGUACUCAGCUGAAGCCAAGGUUUGCCGUUCAUAGAAAGACAAUAUACGUGAAAGGAUUUCCACCAGAGCUCAGUAACAUCAUCGACGAAAUCGAAGGCUUCUUUUCCAACUUUGGUAAAGUGCACAAUGUUAGAAUUCGUCGAGAUGAGAAUCGCGCUUUCAAGGGUUCAGUUUUUGUUGAAUUUAAGGAAAUUCCUGCCGCAGAAAAUGUUAGCCAAAUGCAAUUGGAGUUUCAAGGACAUCCUCUAGUCAUUAUGAUGAAAGAUGAAUAUGUAAACAUGAAAUUGCGUGAAGGCCCGAAAGAUCAGGAUGGCAGCCACAUGCAUGUACAGCGUCCUUAUGAAGAGUUCCCACAACUGAAUUAUUUGGAAAGGCAUGACUUCCGUCGUCCAGGUGCCCACUCCAACUAUGGCAAUCGGCAACAGGGUCCAGCACUUUUGGAGCGACCAGAGGGUGCUCUGGCCUUCUUUGAAGGCGUAGCGCCUAUGACGCUACGGGAGGACAUUCAGCAUUUCUUUGCUCGUCAUGAGCGAGUACGCUGGAUUAAUUUUAAUAUCGGCGAGCAGAAGGGAUCCGUUAUGUUCAGCUACCCAGAUGCAGCGGCUCGGGUCGUAGAGAAACUUGGUAAUGGCGGUGUGGUACAAGCACCAAAUGGGAUUGGGGGUGGAACUACCACGGUUAGAGCAGCCACCAAGGACGAGGAGAUGAACUACUGGCUGAUGUCUGAGAAAGCUAGGACGAGUCUGCGAGGCAAGCGGGGCGGCCAUAGAGGCAGAGGGGGCGACCGAGGUUCGAGGGAGAGGGGUGGAAGGAGGAAUGAUCGUUUUCAAAGGCGCCCAGAGAAGGUGCAGAUGUCCACUGAGGUACCCGGUGUCGAGAAUGGAGAACCCGAAACAUCAGAUCUCAAAUCAAAUGGCGGCGUAAAACGCAGUGCGGAGGAUGAGCCAACUACGGAUGCUUUCUCGGCACCCCCUCCAACGAAAGCAGUCAAGAUGGAAUAAGUGGGUACUUUGACGGGUUGUGAACAUCAGCGGGCUGAAACAGUUUCUUUUGCAUUAGCUGUAUAUAUCAUAGUUUUAUUGCAAUUACACUUUGUACAAUAAUGCCUGGAGAAUGAUGCAUGAGAGCAGUCUGUCACAUCGAUGAAACUCAAAUGUACAUUAUUUAUUACGCAAAAAUAGGACGGCUGUUUAUACAUG